AUCGCAACAAGCACUGCACACAUCCUCGCACCCACGCCAAAAGUCAAGAAAGCACCACCACCACAUCACCACCAUGUCCACCACCGUCGCGCUCAUCGGAGGCACCGGCCUGCUCGGCUCGCACAUUCUCAAGGCCCUCGCCAAGGCGGGCGAGCAGGGCAAGUACAAGGUCGUCGCGUUCCACCGCGCCUCGAGCGACACAUCCAAGUGGCCCAAGAGCGUCGAGAAGCGCGUGCUUGACAACGACAAGGCGUCGGCGUCCGAGGUCGCCGAGGCGCUGAAGGGUGUCGACAUCCUCCUUGCCGCCGGCAAGAACACGGCCGAGGGCGGCAAGCUCUUCCUCGACAACCUGGCCAAGCUGCCCAAGGGCCAGCUCAAGGUCUUCGUGCCCUCGUGGUUCACGGCCAACUGGACGCAGGACGAGCUCGACGACGAAAAGUUCCUGUACCGCUACCAGAAGUACCAGCUGCUCAAGUACGCCGAGAGCCUCGACCUGCCCAUCACGACGUUUGCGGCCACGCUCUUCGAGGACUACGUCUACCCCGCGUGGGACUUUUUGAGCAUCGACGUCGCGGGCAACCGCGUCGCGUUCUACGGCGACGCGCGUAACCAGAAGUUCACGAGCAUCAGCCUCGACUACCUCGGCGAGAGCAUCGCGCAGCUCUUCAACACGCCCAACUUUGGCCCCGGGCAGAAGUACACGCUCCAGGAGACGGUGUUCACCGGCCAGGAGCUCAUCGACACGCUCACCAAGGCGCACGGCAAGGCACCCACCGUCACGGCGUACACCGACGCAGACGUCGAGGAGGCCCAGAAGAACCCCGGCGCUGGCCUCGGCGCCGCGUGGCGCGUCCACUGGGGCAAGGGCCGCUGGAACACGGUCAACCUCUUCCAGCCAGCCGGCAUCCAGAAGCGCACCCUCGACCAGGCCGUGCGUUUUUGGAUCAACAAGGGGAAGCUUUAGAGUGUGGUGAUGAGGUCAUGUAUCUUGUUUAAUG